AUGCCGGGAGCGCGCAGUGGCGGCACCGGCGGCGACAGCAGUCACAGCGGAGACUACAGCGGGGACGCGAGCGGGGCGGUGACCGUGUGGGAGGUGGUCUCACUCUUGGGGAAGCUGCUGGGCACCGUCGCCGCGCUGAAGGUGGUUCUGUACCUGCUCCGGGUGUGCUUAGCGAUGGCCUGGAAAUCCGGCGGCGCCAGCCACUCGGAGCUAAUCCACAAUCUCCGCAAAAAUGGAAUCAUCAAAACAGAUAAAGUAUUUGAAGUAAUGCUGGCCACAGACCGUUCCCACUAUGCAAAAUGUAAUCCUUAUAUGGAUUCUCCACAAUCAAUAGGUUUCCAAGCAACAAUCAGUGCUCCACACAUGCAUGCAUAUGCGUUAGAACUUCUAUUUGAUCAAUUGCAUGAAGGAGCUAAAGCUCUCGAUGUAGGAUCUGGAAGUGGAAUCCUUACUGCAUGUUUUGCACGUAUGGUUGGCUCUAGUGGAAAAGUCAUAGGAAUUGACCACAUUAAAGAGCUAGUAGAUGACUCAAUAAAUAAUGUCAGAAAGGACGAUCCAAUGCUUUUGUCUUCAGGGAGAGUGCAACUCGUUGUGGGGGAUGGAAGAAUGGGGUACGCUGAAGAAGCCCCUUAUGAUGCUAUUCAUGUAGGAGCUGCAGCGCCAGUUGUGCCGCAGGCACUGAUAGACCAGUUAAAGCCUGGUGGGAGGUUGAUAUUGCCAGUUGGUCCCGCAGGUGGAAACCAGAUGUUGGAGCAGUACGACAAGCUACAGGACGGCAGUGUCAAGAUGAAACCCCUGAUGGGAGUGAUAUACGUGCCUUUAACAGAUAAAGAGAAGCAAUGGUCCAGGUGGAAGUGAUUUUAUCUUCUGCUCUUUCUUCUUCCACACAUGCAAGGGAUGAACUGUAAAAGCGCCAUCAGCUUGACCAGUAUAUAAUAUUACAGUGGAUUGCUCAUCUCAGUCCUCAGAGCUUUUUGAAAACCAACAGCAUCACAGCUUGUUUUGGACUUCGUUACACUAUUAUUUUCAGCAUGAAAAUGUGUGGUUUUGUAGGGUUUCUAGUUCUUCAAAGAGGCACAGAAGCCGAGUUGGUGAAAGAACGAAGCAGAGUAUAAAUUUGUGUAUUAUUACUUUAACACGCCCACAUUUUACUUUAAAAUAUUAAAAGACGGGGUUCCACUAAA